AUGGCUGUAGCAAAACGCGGUUUAUCUGGUCUUCAACGGGAGGUAUUAUCUCUCUACAGGCAAUGCAUUCGAGAAAUUCGCAAGAAGCCAGAGACUGCGCAGCCUCACUUUCGAACAUUUACCAGGACCGAGUUUGACAGGUACAUUACUGUCGACAAGCGCGACUUUUCUGUCGUUGAGCACUUGCUCCGGAAGGGUCGGCGCCAACUAGAGACGUACUCUUCACCCAGCAUCAAGGAUGUUAGCCGCUAA